AGUCACCCCCAUCCUUUGUAGAAAACUCAAAGCAUGCGUCGUCUGAGUUCAGUCUGGCCGGCUUUUGAAGCCUGCUCGCGGAUAAGGAAGUAAGGGAAGUAGGCCUUUAUAGCAAGAAUUAAGAAACACAUUAGUGAGUUUUAGCAGCAGGACAAAAGGGGGAGUGCAGUUAAGAGUGGAAGUUGGAGGUUGAGGAGAAGGGGACGGUGAUGAAUCCUGGACGCUGGAACUUGAUGAGGACACAACAAACCGCCAAACCGUAACUGUGAGACACUCAACAUCACUGCUGCUAAUUAAAGAAAGGAGGACCCAGGGGGCUGUCCAUCUAUCCAGCAGCAAUGCAGGGGCUGAUGUGGAGCCUUUGCGCCUUACUUUGCCUGUCCCUCUGGGAGGAAAGUUCCUGCAGGAACUCCAGGGAAGCCCGGAGGACUAAAGAGACAACUCACCACAGAAGCAGAAGAGCUCCAUUGGAUCCUGAUGCUAAAAAGUGUUCCUACACCUUCCUGGUCCCCGAGCAGAAAAUCACAGGUCCAAUCUGUGCCAGCUCCACAGGCCCUGAGCCAGACAAGGACCGAGUGAGCCGCAUGGACAUUGCAGAUGUGCGGGAGGUGCUCAGCAAACAGCGGCGUGAGAUCGAUACGCUGCAGCUGGUCGUGGACGUCGAUGGCAACCUGGUGAAUGAGAUGAAGCUACUGAGGAAAGAGAGCCGGAACAUGAACUCCAGGGUGACCCAGCUCUACAUGCAACUUCUGCACGAGAUCAUCAGGAAGAGGGACAACUCUCUGGAGAUUGCCCAGCUGGAGAACCGCGUCCUCAACGUGACGUCUGAGAUGAUGCGGCUGGCUUCGAGGUACAGGGAGCUAGAGGCUCGCUUUUCCAUAAUGGCUGGGGUGGUCAACAACCAGUCCAUUCUCAUCUCUGCCCUGGAGGAACACUGUCUGAGGCCAAUGGGGCGCAGCGAUUUACCCGCAGUCCCUCCACUGGUUCAGGUGGUGCCGCAGAAUAUACCCGUCAACAACCGCUUCACCAAUGAAAUACAAAGGGACCACAAUAACCGGGGCUUCUCACGCGGGUCACGCAUUAAUGCACCCACUGCAAACCCGCUUGGAAUUGACCCUCCACCACCGCAAGGAACGCUUACUUCUGAUGGUCCGUUCAAGGACUGCUUCCAGGUGCGAAAAGCUGGCCACACCACCAGUGGGAUGUACCUGCUGAAAACUGAAAGCAGUGAGCGACUGAUCCAAGUCUGGUGUGAGCACGGCCUCGACAACGGCGGGUGGACCGUGUUGCAAAGGAGGAGAGACGGCUCGGUCAAUUUCUUCCGAAAUUGGGAGAACUAUAAGAAAGGUUUCGGCAACAUCGAUGGCGAGCACUGGCUUGGGCUGGAAAAUAUCUACAACCUGGGCAAACAGGGCGACUAUAAGCUGAUGGUGGAGCUGGAGGACUGGACCGGGAAGAAGGUGUACGCGGAGUACGGCAGCUUCCGCUUGGAGUCCGAGAGCGAGGGUUACCGCCUGAGGCUUGGCGCCUACCAGGGCAACGCCGGGGACUCCUUCGGUAUUCACAACGGCAAACAGUUCACCACGCUUGACCGCGACAAGGACGCCUUUUCCGGUAACUGCGCUCACUUCCAUAAGGGCGGCUGGUGGUACAACGCGUGUGGCCAGACCAACCUUAACGGCGUCUGGUACAGCGGAGGAGUUUAUCGCAGCAAAUUCCAGGACGGGAUCUUCUGGGCAGAAUACGGAGGGGGUUUUUACUCGCUAAAAUCAGUACGUCUUAUGAUCCGACCCAUUGACUAGAACCUUGUGAGAGUUGAUCUUUCUCGAGCACCUCAACCUCCUUCCUAUUAUAUUGUAUAUAUACACACCUUGAAUACACACUGUACAAGUAAGAGCAGGGAACAACUGCUAUCGAGGAAGAAACAAUGGCCUAUGGACGGACUGAUGACUCCAGCAGCCGGAAUGCCAAAAUGAAAAGUGGACUAUUGAUGGAACAACGUGUGUAAUCAUAAGGGGAAUGGACUUGAUAUUUCUUUUGAGCAGCUAAUGUUCGCCUUUGAAAGUAAUCAUGUUCAUUUCCAGAGGAAAAAAUAAACACACAUGGAUGUUCAAUCUUAAAAAAAUAAAAAAUAAAAAAAGGUAUUUCAUUUUAAGUUGCCAGUAAGACUAACCUGGCCUCGCACUACAAUUUUCUAUGCAUUUUUAAAACAGAAAAUGGUGUGUAAAUAGCUUAGGCUUUAUUUGUGAUAGCUUAAUUUAAUUCUACUCAGGCCGAAUGUUCACAACGCCACUUUGCCAGUUAUUUAACAGUGAGUAUUUAUGGUAAGCAUAUCGAUAUUUAGCCCACUAAGAUUUCUUUCAGCAUGAGGUAAUAGGGUUGCAGCGGAACACUGGUUAUCACAGAAUGAGAUGGUAGGAUUUUUUUUUUAGAGAUGUCCGAUAAUAUCGGCAGUCCGAUAAAUGCUUUAAAAUCCAAUAUCGGAAAUUAUCGGUAUCGGUUUCACAAAGUAAAAUUUACGACUUUUUAAAACGCCGCUGUACGGAGUGGUACACGGACAUAGGGAGACGUACAGAGCGCCAAUAAACCUUAAAGGCACUGCCUUUGCGUGCCGGCCCAAUCACAUAAUAUGUACAGUUUUUCACACACACACAAGUGAAUGCAAGGCAUACUUGGUCAACAGCCAUACAGGUCACACUGAGGGUGACCGUAUAAACAACUUUAACACUGUUACAAAUAUGCGCCACACUGUGAACCCACACCAAACAAGAAUGACAAACACAUUUCGGGAGAACAUCCGCACCGUAACACAACAUAAACACAACAGAACAAAUACCCAGAACCCCUUGCAGCACCAACUCUUCCGGGACGCUACAAUAUAUACCCGCCCGCUACUCCCUACCCCGUCCACCUCAACCUCCUCAUGCUCUCUCAGGGAGAGCACGUCCCAAAUUCCAAGCUGCUGUUUUGAGGCAUGUUAAAAAAAAUAAUGCACUUUUGUGACUUCAAUAAUAAAUAUGGCAGUGCCAUGUUGGCAUUUUCCCCCAUAACUUGAGUUGAUUUAUUUUGGAAAACCUUGUUACAUUGUUUAAUGCAUCCAGCGGGGCAUCCCAACAGAAUUAGGCAUAAUAAUGUGUUCAUUCCACGACUGUAUAUAUCGGUAUCGGUUGAUAUCGGAAUCGGAAUAUCGGAUAUCGGCAAAAAAGCCAUUAUCGGACAUCUCUAAUUUUUUUUUUACCAUGUACAUUUUUGUAAACAAACCCUUCUUUCACAUUUAAAUCUAAAUAGUUGACAUUUAUCCUCUAUAUUUCCAUUCCUUGAAAAGGUUUAUAUUGAUUGUGCAUACUGGAAGUUAUCAUAGCAUUGCAACCCUGUUUCUGAAACACAAAUAAGACGAUGCAGGCUAUGCAUGAAGUAAGUAAGCAAAAAAUGCCCUGACAGUUUUAAUUUCAUUUUGUCAAAUUAAAGUACUUUUGUCAA